UGCGGCUCCUAGACUCCGGUUCACGCCGUGGCAUGACACGAUCCAUCGUUCCGAGAAGCCAAGUGCUUGGUAAGAUGGGUGUGACCUCGGGCGAAACACCGUACUAGACUUUCAGGAGCAUCACCGAGGUUCAGCGGAUCGAUAUAUAAGACGAACUUGUCUGCUGGCCGCUGGUCAUCCCGUUUUUCGACCCUCUUCUCUGAUCAACGAUCACAAUUCAAUACCAACGUCACCUUGAAGGUCGAUACCAAUCUUCCGUAUACCCUAGACGUACCGUCCUGCAAAUCACAACAUCAAUAACACAUACGCAAGUUACCAACUCGACGCCAUGCCCGUCCCUGCCCCGCUCAAGACGGUCCUCGUCCUGGGAUCUGCCUACGCUGGAAACCGUUCCGUCGAAGUCCUCGCCAAGUCACUGCCCUUGAAUUGGAGGAUCGUCGUUAUCGACCGGAGUACACAUUUCUGCCACAUCUACGCCUUCCCCCGAGUGUCCAUCCUCCCAGGGCACGAACAAAAGGUCUUUAUCCCGUUUACGACCAUGUUCACUCGAGGGCUUGACGAAGCCCAAAAGGCGCAUGUGGGGCGACAUCAGUUGAUCCACGGGACCGUCACCGGGUUGGGGGAGAGGGAGGUCAGGUAUACGCCUUUCGUCCCCAAGAAGAUCCUGCUGAACGGCGUCAAUACGAAGGAAGAGAAGAAAGAGGAUGAGGCUCCCGAGGAACUACAUGAAGGGCCGGAAGAGACCCUCUCGUUCGAUUAUUGUAUCUACGCACUCGGUGCUAAAUACCCCUCACCUAUCAACGUCUGGACGCACCAAUCUACCAUAUUCUCACACGAACCCGCUAGCUUGCAGAACCUUAUCGCUACCCGUACAGAGGCUGGGGAGGCUCAUGAGAUCAACAAGACGCCGGUUGGGGAUAAGGGAGGGAGGGGGGUUGUGGAGACGACGGAAUGUACGGGGACGAAGAAGGAGGGGGUUAGUUGGAUGAGGGCGGCGCAGAGGAGGAUCGAGGAGGUGGAGAGGAUUUUGGUCGUUGGAGGUGGUGCUUUGGGUGUCCAGAUGGCCACGGAUAUCAUCGCCACCCACGGUCAGACCAAGAAAGUCACCCUCCUCCACUCACGUCCGAACCUCCUCAAUCGGUUCGACAUCGCCCUGCAUGAAGCCGCUAUGAAGCGGAUGGAAGAGUUUGGGAUCGAGGUCAUCUUGGGCUCGAGGGUCGAUGGGUCGUUUAUCAACAAGACUGAAGGUGGGAAGGUUAGGACGACGGAUGGGAGGGAGGUCGAGGCGGAUCUGAUCCUCUGGUGUACAGGUCAAUCCCCCAACACGUCCUACAUCCAAAAGACCUACCCCUCGGCGAUCAACCCUACCAACAGCCUCGCCUACGUCAACCGGUACCUGCAACUCUCCACCCUCAAGCCCGAAGCCGUUCGACCGGAUCCGAAGGUGGAUGGACCGAACGAGCUGAAGAAUGAGGAUUUCGAGGUGUUGAACGAGAGGGUGUUCGUGACGGGAGACUGCGCCGACGCUUUCGGCGCACUCAACGCGGGCCACACGGCGUACUGGCAGGCCGACAUGGCCGCGGAAAACGUCCUCUCCCUCAUCAAGGCCGAAGAAAACGUCUCAUUAGCUUCACAAACCCCGGUCGAGUUGAAGGAUUACAAACCUCCAGCUUAUGGGAUCAAGGUUUCUCUCGGUCGAGACCUCUCGAUUUAUCAGCGGGAUGGCAAGUUUGGCAUCGGGGAUCCUAUUUACAACCAAGACGAUCUCGGUACGGGCAUCAUGUGGAGCAGUAAAGAGCUCAGCGAGGACGAUUAUUUCGCCUAGAUUGAAGCGCGCCUCGGUGCAGGAUCGAUGUCGAUGGAAUCGGAAGACUCAUCGAUGGGACGGGAAUCCGGAAGCCUUUUAGAGUCGUACUGAGUACGCCAGAUCAUCGUCAAGGUCGAAAUGUAUAUUAGAAUGUA